UGUCUUACGCAGAGGUACUUGACAUUGAGAACCCGGAGAUGAACCUGGUGUGGAAGACUGCCCUUGACUCAGAGGUGAAGAAAGGGAAGAUCAAAGCCAGUAGGGAGGUAUCCAUUGUGAAGGUUAGAAACAUUUGACCCGUCCAUCCCAAGAAGUUGGAGCAUGCCUCUGUGGACACCAGUAUCUCCCCACACACCUCACGCCGCCCCAGAAACGCACAGGCAUUUGAAUUGGACUGGCAUACUCUGGAUUGUGACAUUGAUUGGACUUCAGGGCCUCCACGGGCACGCAUGCGGGACAUCACUCUGCCAGAUGAAGAUGUGCCCAUGAGCGACCAGUACAAGGCUGAGCUGGAGUAUCUGCGUAGCCUGGAGGGUUCCCUGGAGGCCCUACCUUCCUGGACUUGGAGAUGGAUUCCUUCCACGAACCUGAGAAGGGAGAACAGUCGGAGGCAGCUCCCGUUGACACCUUAGUUACAGCAGUGCCAGAGAUGGAGCAGCAGCAGCUAACAACACCCACAGUGUUAAUUCAUGAACCACUAGAAGAACAGCUUGCCCAACUAGAAGAGCAGCCUGCCCCAGUAGAAGAGCAGCCCAUCUCAGUAGAAGAGCCUGCACUCCCCCCUGCCAUACAGCCUGAAGACUUGGGACGUUCUGAAGAGUCUGACCAGCCAUCACAGAUUGAGCUUGGAUCUGUGGAGGAGCAAGAGAGACGCAUACCACACGCCAGAGUGAGGCACGCAAGACCACUGAUGGAUGCUGUGUGUGUCUUGUCAAAGGAUGCCAUGAAGAAUCAGAUGAAAGAUUACAGUGACAUCAUGAGAACUCUGACAGCCACUGAAGAUGUUGCUGUUCCUGGGAAGGUGCAGCAUGAGAAAAAGGACUUUUUUCGCACUACUCCUCUGCACCGUGGAGUCAUUGCUGAUGUCCUCUUGAAAUACUUCCGGCCCUGUGAAGGGGAGGCAACCUUUGCUGAGCCAACACUGUCCCUCCUUGGAGCCACUGAGGAAUUUGUACGUGAGGCAUCCCGCAGUGAGGUGAAAGAUCUGUCAUCAGUUCUGAGCAUCCAUCAAGACACUGUGGAGAGUUCCCGUUCCAGGACACUCCUUGAGGCAUCUUCAGAGUUGUUUGAAGAACAGCCUUCACAGCUGCAGCCAAUUGAAGAACUUCAGUCUCCACAACUUGUCUCAGAACUUCAGUCUCCAGUUCCACCGCCAUCACCAAGGGAAGGACCCGCAGCAGCAACAGAGCGGAGGCCAUCACCAACAAAAAAAUCAAAAAGACCCUCAGCAACGAGAGAGCCAAAAAAACCAUCAGCAACAAAGGAACCAGAGCGGGGACAAGAGAUGUCCCCCACAGAACAACUGGAGCAACAGGCAGUUUUCUCUGAAGAAAGAUCUGAGGAGUCAUCUAAAGACAGCACCAUUAUGAAAGAAGGGUUGACAAAAAUUAUUCUGGAAGCAUUGGAACAUAACCCAACGAUGUUCUUACAUGACUUGUUGCAUGAAGACGCAGGAGAGAGGGAAGCAACUGAGGUGUUUUCACAUCUAUUGACGAUGUAUCAGAAAUUCCUGGUAGAUUUGCAUCAAGAAACAACCUAUGGACCCAUCUCAGUCAGCCUCCACUCAUCUGACCUGGAGGACCAGGAGUGAUGGGAAUGCUGUCCAGUGCUAGGAGAUGAGUGCCCUCAGAUUGGGCCAUGGAGAAUGUUUAUGAUUUUUUAUAACAUGCAUGAGACAUUUGUUACAAGACAGAGUUUUGUUUAUUGUUAGGAAAGUGAUGUUAAUUUUUUUUACACAAGUUAAACUAAGGAAGUGUUUCUUAUUAGAUAGGAAAGUGAGAAUUAUGAUUUUUAUUAAUACUUGAGACAUUGUUACAGUAAGGAGUUUUAUUUAUUGUUAGAAAGUGAGGAGGGUUAUUUUUAAUGUGCUUAGAAAAAGUAUUUAUUUUUAUACAUGCUUUGAAAAGAUUUUUUAUAUACAUGCUGAGAAAAGAGGAUAUUCUUUCUAUACUUGCUUAUAAAAGGUAGUAUGUUUAUUUGUAUACUUGCUCAGAAAAGAAAAUGUUUUUAUUUAUCCAUGCUUAGAAAAGAAUGUUUUAUCUUUAUACAUACUUAAAAAUGAGAGAAUGUUUAUAAAUACUGAGAAAAUAUAGAAUGUUUACCUUAAUACAUGCCAAGAAAAGAGAAUGUAUAUUUCUAUGCUUAUGAAAGAAUGUUUAUUUUUAUACAUGCUUAAAAAGUGUUUAUUUCUAUACAUGCUUUGAAAAGAGGAUAGUUUUUAUAUAUGCUUGAGGUGUAUGUGUCAGUGUCGGUGAGAUUUGUUUCUUGUCAGCAAAACAAGUGUGAGUAGUUAUGUUGAAGAGGAGCUCAGCAUAGCCCAAGUAAGUGUAGGGUCCAUCAUGCAGAGUGUUUGCAUGUCACUAAACAAUAAAAUACACAAA